UAUUCGGAUAGAAAGCUAAUUUCCUUCCCCUAAGAGUUCUAAGCGUCUCUCUGAGCUCGUACGAUCGUGUCUGCUCCGUUCUUUUCAUAACUUACAUUUCAAUUUUUCUACCCUACUACUCGUUUUUCCACUCCUGGCUUUUAAAACAGUCCCGAAUUCUCACCACAUGCACUUUGAACAGGGCCCAAGCGCGUUGUACAAAUACGUAUCUGUGAUCUGAAUGAGGGCUUGCCUCGUCCCAAGACUCAAACAAAGAAACUCGGGCUUGGAAGGAUGUUGACCCAUUUCUGACCUUCUCUCUGGGUUUCUUUAUAUCUCCGUUGUUUAGGGAAUCAAUCACUAAAUGGCUGGACAGAAGCUGACUUCAAACCUAAUGCUCGGUGCCUUCAUCUUGUACCUUGUUCCAUUUGUGUGCCUAGCGGUUCACCAUCCGGUCAUUUUCGUUCCUGGAGAUGGUGGUAGCCAAAUUGAGGCCCGAUUAAACAAGACGUCCUCCCCACAUUACAUGUGUGCCAAAAAGAGCGAUUGGUUUGACUUGUGGUUGAAUAUCGAGUUGAUGAUGCCUUCUGCUAUCAGCUGUUGGGCCGAUAAUAUGCGUCUAAUGUACGAUAAAGAGACUCACACCUCCCAUAGCCCGCCCGGAGUCGAAACUCGGGUUGUCGGAUGGGGCAAUGUGUCGAGUGUGGAGUACAUUGACCCUUCGCAAAAUGGGUAUUCCGUGUAUUUCCACAAAAUUGCCGAUCGACUUCGAAAAUUGGGUUACAAGAGCGACAAAAAUUUGUACGGAGCUCCGUACGACUUCCGAAAAGCACCUAAUGAGCUCGCAGAUUUCUUCACCAAUAUGAAGACUCUAGUUGAGAAGGCCUAUGGAGAAAAUGAUAACACGCCUGUUAUUCUGAUAUGCCACAGCAUGGGUGCCCCAAAUAUGCUCUACUUUCUGAAUCGUCAGAAACAAGCCUGGAAGGACAAGUACAUACGAGCCAUGGUCACAUUGGCCGGAGUUUGGGCCGGAACCGUACGAGCCAUGAAAGUGUUUGCCGUGGGUGACAACUUGGGAGCUUGGUUGAUCAGCACGGAUAGUAUCAAAAUUGAGGAGCGGUCUAAUCCCAGUUUGGCGUUCCUGAUGCCAAGUGAAAAACUCUGGAGUGAGGAUGAGAUCUUGGUGGAAUCUGAUAACGUGAAUUUCACGGUCAAGAACAUUUCGGAAUUUUUCAAUGGUUACGCCUAUCCUGACAUGAGCUUUAUGCGAGAGGACACCAAAGAUUUAGUUAAGGACCUGAAAGCUCCUGGGGUUGAAGUAUAUUGUCUCCAUGGUGCUUCUGUCCCCACUACAGAGAGAAUGGUUUACCGUUCGUUCCCCGCUUCCGGCCCAAAUCUAAUCUAUGGCGAUGGUGAUGGCACUGUGAAUAUGCGCAGUCUGGUUGCUUGCAAUAAAUGGUCCCAAGAACAAAGACAACCGGUUCAUCACUUGGUCCUUCCUCACAUAGAUCACCUGGCCAUUCUCACAGAUUCCCAUGCCACCGAAGCCAUUAAGAAGGUCAUUAUUUCGAUAACGGGCGAGCGAGAGACCUCCGAGGUUCUGGAAGAUGUCCAGAAUGAAGAGGAGUCUGCUCGCCGACCUUUCAUCCCUUAUCCGGGAUUGAUGCCCCGCAUUGAUAUUGUCUGAAGAGUCAGCCGCACUUUACCCUUUGCAUUCAGUAUAAGUUAUAAGACAGCUUCAAAUCCACGCUUGAUGCAUUUUGGCUGUGACCGAAUGUAUUCACGAGAACGAUGAAAUACAUUUCAUAAAGUGAAAAUAUCA